GGGUACUAAUUUCAUUUUGGCGAACGGGGCCGAAUUAUCCCGCCAUUACAGACCGAGCUGCAUUUUAAAAGCGCUUUCUCCUACUUUUCUUGCAAACAUAUUUUUUGCUGUCCAGGUUUCUCUCUCCGAUUAAACCCUAAGGAAUCUGAUAUCAGAUCAGACAAAAAAGUUGGCUCGAACAGUUUAUUCCAGGUUGUUGCAUGGUGAAGUUUUAGAGCAAUGGAACUUUUAUCAGCAAUUCAGGAUUUAUGUUAGUCAAUGGCCAAGGAAAAAUAUACGAGUCAAAGCAAUUCAGGUGAAGGUUACAAAGAUGAAUGACAAACUUCCUAAAAUCAAUUGGUUGUCGCAUGUUGAUGCACAUGACAAUUUUUCAUGCCAAAAGAAGUUUUUAAGUUCAAAUUUUCUUUGCUCCUUAGAAACACAAAAACCUUGUACAGAAGAAGAAAUUCGUGCAAGGUUAAGAGUCUGCCAGAUUCAGAAUUCUCAAAAAGUUCAGCAUACUCAGGUGGAAAAGGCUUGGCAGAUUCUUUCUAGUCUUCCAACAUCUUGCAGGACCUACUUAAGACCUGGAACAACUGCUCCAGUUAAGAAUUCAAACGAUGAGAUUUCACAUAAUUGGAGAGGAAGAUCUACCCUAACAAACUCAUCAGACAUGAAGUGGUCUAAACAUAUGCAUGUCAGUCGAAACGUCAAUGAAACCGAUGGCAAGAUCAAUGAAGUGGGAAGGUGCAUGGCCAGUUCUUUUCCAUCAAGUAAUGCCAAUGCUGUGGAAGAUGGAAAUCACCUACAAAGGCACAGUGAGAUUAAAGCAUCCAUGUCCAACCGUAGUAAUUCGAAAGUUUUAGGUGGAUCAUUAUGGAAUCAUAUUGUCCAUGCUAGUCAACUGGAGCAGUCUGCAGAGGUUUUGGCUGAUGAAAUUGAUGACGAUGACUUACUCAAGGAUAUUGAUGUGGACCAGAUUGUCUCGAAACACUAUCAAUCAACUUGCACGCCUCAACCUUCUGUUUCUAAGUUCCCACCCAUUGCCCAAAUGGAUAAAAAUGCUUUUGCAGGAGAAGAAGAAGCUUGCUUGCCUACCGAAUUAUGCUCAAACUGCAGUCAUGGCUGUAAGCUAGGACUCUGCCCAGAAGCUGCUAGUCACGUGCAGGAGAUGAAGGACAAAUUAAUUGCUGUGUCAAAUGAAUUGCUUGACAACGCUUCCAACCUGAGUCCAGAGCAGAUAGAGAAGCUUCGCGAAGAUAGGUUGCAGCUGAAUAAGCAAAUUCAGCAGCUUGAGAGAUAUAUCUGUGAUAUGGAAAGGCAAAAGUCACAUUUCUCAGCAUCAACAGCAACUCGCACCUUUCUAUAUGGAACACCACAAACAGCAUCAUUCAGCAUUGACCCAAUUCGAUUUGAUGCCCAGGUUCAUUUAUGUAAUGAACCAAAUGGGUAUGAAAAUUGGAAUUCAUCAUCAGUUUCUUUUUCUUCUGUAAAUAAUUUUGGCGUCUCAUCAGGUCCUAUGGAACGAGAACCAUAUGUUCCAAAGAUUAUAGAAGUAAAUUAUAUUGAGGGUUCAAAUGACCAAAAGUGGAGUAGUAGGGAUUUCCCAUGGACUAAAAAGCUCGAGGCCAAUAACAAGAAGGUGUUUGGGAACCACUCGUUUCGCCCCAACCAAAGAGAGGUUAUUAAUGCUACAAUGAGUGGGUGUGAUGUUUUUGUUCUUAUGCCUACAGGAGGGGGAAAGAGCCUGACAUAUCAGCUGCCUGCUCUUAUCUGUCCGGGGAUAACAUUGGUGAUUUCGCCUCUUGUGUCACUCAUCCAAGAUCAAAUAAUGCAUUUAUUGCAGGCAAAUAUACCUGCUGCUUACUUGAGUGCCAAUAUGGAAUGGACUGAACAACAGGAGAUCCUUAGAGAGCUUACUUCUGAUUAUUGCAAAUACAAGUUGUUAUAUGUUACACCAGAGAAAGUAGCUAAGAGUGAUGUCCUGUUGCGGCACUUGGACAGUCUAAAUGCACGUGACUUGAUUGCAAGGAUUGUUAUUGAUGAAGCUCAUUGUGUGAGUCAGUGGGGGCAUGACUUUAGACCGGAUUAUCAGGGCCUUGGUAUCUUGAAACAGAAGUUUCCAAAGACUCCAGUUUUAGCUUUAACCGCAACUGCAACAGCUAGUGUAAAAGAAGAUGUUGUGCAAGCUCUUGGCCUCAAUAACUGCAUUAUAUUCAGACAAAGUUUUAAUCGCCCAAAUCUAUGGUAUUCAGUUAUCCCCAAAACCAAGAAGUGUGUGGAUGACAUCGACAAGUUCAUUAAAGAAAAUCAUUUUGAUGAAUGUGGAAUUAUUUAUUGUCUUUCAAGAAUGGACUGUGAAAAAGUUGCUGAGAAGUUGCAGGAAUGUGGACAUAAGGCAGCAUUUUACCAUGGCAAUAUGGAUCCUGCACAACGUGCUGCUAUUCAGAAGCAGUGGAGCAAAGAUGAAAUCAACAUAAUUUGUGCUACAGUGGCAUUUGGAAUGGGUAUCAACAAACCAGAUGUUCGCUUUGUCAUUCACCAUUCUCUUCCAAAAUCUAUUGAAGGUUACCAUCAGGAGUGUGGUCGUGCUGGUCGAGAUGGUCAGCGCUCAUCUUGCCUAUUGUACUACAGUUACAGUGACUAUAUACGAGUCAAGCAUAUGAUUAGUCACGGUGCUGCAGAGCAAAGUCCCUUUGUGUCUGGCUAUAGUCGCUUCAAUAAUUCAGGGAGGAUUUUGGAAACAAAUACUGAAAAUCUCCUGCGCAUGGUCAGUUAUUGUGAAAAUGAUGUUGAUUGCAGACGUCUCCUACAGCUUCUGCAUUUUGGAGAAAAAUUUGAUUCUGGAAACUGCAAAAAAACAUGUGAUAAUUGUUGCAGGGUUAAAAGUUUUGUUGAUAAAGAUGUCACUAAUAUAGCAAAGCAACUGGUUGAACUAGUGAAAUUAACAGGCCAGCAGUUUUCAUCAUCUCAUAUUUUAGAAGUCUAUAGAGGUUCCUUAAGCCAAUUUGUCAAGAAACACAGACAUGAGACUUUGAGCCUGCAUGGUGCAGGAAAACAUGUAGCCAAGGGUGAAGCUUCCCGCAUAUUACGUCAUCUUGUUAUUGAGGAGUUUCUUGUGGAAGACGUAAAGAAGAGUGAUAUUUAUGGAUCUGUGUCAUCAGUGCUGAAGGUGAAUGAAUCUAAGGUUCAAAAUCUCUGCGUUGGUGGGCAGACUAUAAUAUUAAGAUUCCCAAGCACUGUAAAAGCAACUAAACUGAGCAAAUCUGAAGUGACUCCAGCAAAAGGCUCAUUGACAUCUGGGAAGCUAAGUCCUCCAAGAGUUGAUACUCCAGCCCAAUCUCAAUCCAAAGUCGACUUGAAUCUCUCAGCAAAACUGUAUUCUGCUUUGCGAAUGCUUCGAACUGUUCUUGUCAAAGAAGCUGGCGAUGGAGUCAUGGCAUACCAUAUAUUUGGAAACGCUACCCUGCAGCACAUAAGCAAAAGAGUUCCAAGAACAGAGGAAGAACUCCUGGAGAUUAACGGCAUUGGGAAGGCUAAGAUAAGUAAGUACGGAGACCGAAUAUUGGAAACCAUUGAAGCUACCAUCAAGGAACACUACAAAACAGACAGAAACAGCAGUAGCAGCAAUGACAGCAAUGACUCAACAAAGAGAAGAAGAGAUGCAAAUGGUGCUCCAAAAGCAAAUGUAGACGACGAUGACUUCACCAGAAGCACCAGUCGAUCCAAGAAAAGGACGGUAAAGAUGCAGAACAAUGAUGGUGGGGCACAUUCUUCAAAAGACCCAGAUUACAACAAUCAGUGCACAGGUAAUGACCUGGACUUUGAUGAUUAUGAUGAUUACGGUGUUGAAUCUAAGUGCCCGGAGAUGAAGGUCCACGUGGAUGGUAUGGGAAGGGUGCUACCUUCAUGGUCAACGUGAAAUGGGUAACAAUCAACAUUGUAGUGUUUUAAUCAUGGUAAAGGAAUUUAUAUACGGUAAUUUCCCAUUACAUUUCUGCUUUAAAAUCAGAAAAAAAAAAAAAAAAAGAAUUUUUGGGAGCCAUUCUCUCUGCUUCUAGGCUGUUGCGGCAUGUUUUUUAGUCAAUAAGAUUGCAGUAGCACGGGUCUACCAUGGGAACA